AUGGAUAUAGAGUUUGAGGCGAGGGUGAAACCUCUGGAAUACAAAUUGAAGGCAAUGUCACGUGAGUCUUCGUCCCAGAAGGCGGGUCACGUGCUGGACGCCGACCUCCGCUCCCACUGGUCCACCGCUACCAACACCAAGGAGUGGAUUCUUCUCGAGCUCAACGAACCUUGCUUGUUAUCGCACAUAAGAAUUUACAACAAGUCUGUGCUCGAAUGGGAAAUUUCAGUUGGCUUACGCUACAAGCCAGAGACAUUUGUAAAAGUUCGCCCACGUUGUGAAGCACCGCGACGCGACAUGAUCUAUCCCAUGAACUAUACUCCCUGUCGCUAUGUGCGAAUAUCUUGUUUGAGGGGAAAUCCCAUAGCUAUUUUCUUCAUACAGCUUAUCGGGGUUUCAGUGACUGGCCUGGAACCAGAGUUUCAACCAGUUGUUAACCACUUGUUGCCAUCCAUUAUAUCUCACAAACAAGAUGCCCAUGAUUUGCAUCUUCAGUUGCUUAAAGACAUGACAAGUCGGUUGCUUGUGUUCCUUCCCCAACUUGAGGCAGACCUUAAUAGCUUCUUGGAUGCUGCUGAACCUAAUUUACGUUUUCUUGCUAUGCUUGCCGGUCCUUUUUAUCCCAUACUUAAUCUUGGGAAUGAAAGGACAGCUGCAAAGUCUUCAGGCAAUAUCUCAGACUCUGAAGUUUCUAAACAUAGUCAGCUGUCAUCAGCCUUAACCGUGUCUUCUAACUUUGAGCCACGAAGAUCACGCGGCACUUCACCUUUCGUUCUGUCAACAUCCAGUUCUAUAGUAUUCCGUGCAGAUGCAAUUUUUGUGCUGUUGAGGAAGGCAUAUAAAGAUUCUGAUUUAGGAAUUGUUUGCAGAAUGGCUGCUAGAGUUCUGCAUAAGCUUAUAGAGCCUGUGGCACAUGAAGGAUCAACACCUCCUGGUGAAGUGACAUAUGGAGAUGAAGCAGUAAAAUCAGAAAUAACUAAUCCGGCUCCUUUAGUUGAUUACUCGAACUUCCGUCCAUCUGACAUUGUUGAUGAUAGUUUCUCUCAGUGGAAACAACCAAUUGUUCAACAAGCCCUCUCCCAGAUUGUAGCAACAUCAUGUUCAUCAUUAUACCGUCCACUUCUUCAUGCUUGUGCUGGCUAUUUAUCAUCAUAUUCACCAUCGCAUGGACGAGGAAGCUAUGAAGAUCUCGUCUAA